AUGCUAUUUCAAUUGGUAAUUAUCAUCUGUAUAUUCACGAAUGCUUAUGCUUCAAAUAAACUUGUAUCAUUACCUUUAUCUAUAACAUCUCUGUUUCAAGCAACAUAUUUCUAUCGUAAUACGACUGUACCAUUCAGCUUUACUAAUUGUACUGGUGUUAAUGAUGCAGAUAAUUCGGAUCCUGCAGAAAAUAAAUUAUUAAAAUCACGAAAUGCUUCAUUUAUAUCUUAUUCAACAGAAUUUAAAUCAUUAAUUGAUUCGAAUAAAACACCGAAAUUAAUCGAACAACAACCAGUAUCAAUACCAUUUGCUCAUGAAGGUGGUGCGUAUGUUCCUGAAACCAAUGAAGUUUGGUUUUCAGCAAAUCAAUUACCACAACAAAAUACAAAUGUAAGUAGUAUUAAUUUAACAACAAAUGAAGUUACUUUACUCAAUAUUAAUAAUCCAAUAAAUACACCGAAUGGUAUUAAGUAUUUUAAUAGUCUUGUUUAUGUAUGUUCACAAGGAACGAAAACAAUUCCUGCUGCUAUUUAUGCUGUUAAUCCAACCACACUUGUUAGUAAAGUCAUUGUUAAUUCAUGGUUUGGUUAUCGACUUAAUUCACCUAAUGAUGUAACAUUUUCAACAAAAAUUUCUGGAAAAACAUUUAUGUGGUUUACAGAUCCACAAGUUGCUUAUCAACAAGGUUUUGCUGGUGUACCAGAAUAUCAAAAUACUGUAUUUCGUUAUGACAUGUUAACAUCAGAAUUACGACCAGUUAUUACUGAUCUUAUUACACCAAAUGGAAUAGCAUUCAAUCAAGAAGAAACAGUAUUAUAUGUUAGUGAUACGACACCUACUUCAGAUAUAGCUAUAGUUUAUGCUUAUGAUCUAACAAAAGAUGGAUUACCAAUGAAUCGUCGAAUUUUUUCAGUAAGUUCAUAUGGAAUACCAGAUGGAAUUAAAGUAGAUAAAUAUGAUCGUGUAUGGACUGCUGAAGGUGAUGGAAUCAAUGUACGAAAUAGUUAUGGUACAUUAUUGGGAGUAAUAUUAGGAUAUAAUCUAUCUUCAAAUGGGUUAAUUAGUAAUUUUGAAUUAAAAGACAAUACUGUUAUUAUUCUAGCACAGGAAAAGUUAUGGCGAUUAGAUUUAGCACAAAAUGUUUUGUAA